CGGAGUCGGCGGCGCCAUGGCCAGGGCGCACGGCGGCGGCGGCUUCCCCCGGGCGCUGCCGCUGCUGCUGCUGCUGCCGGUGCUGCCCCGCGCCGCCGCCGAGCAGGUUGUCCUGCUGGACUCGAAGGAAUCGCAAGCAGAGCUGGGCUGGACCUCGCACCCAUCCAACGGGUGGGAAGAAAUCAGCGGGGUGGAUGAGAACUACAAGCCGAUCCGCACCUACCAGGUCUGCAACGUCAUGGAGCCCAACCAGAACAACUGGCUGCAGACGGGCUGGAUCGCCAGGCGCGAUGGCCAGAGGAUCUUCAUCGAGCUGAAGUUCACCCUACGGGACUGCAACAGCAUCCCGGGCGUGAUGGGCACCUGCAAGGAGACCUUCAAUCUGUAUUACGUCGAGUCCGACUCCGACCUGGGCCGUAACAUCCACGAGAGCAAGCACACGAAGAUCGACACCAUCGCUGCGGACGAGAGCUUCACGCAGGGGGACCUGGGCGAGCGGAAGAUGAAGCUGAACACGGAGCUGCGAGAGAUCGGCCACCUGAGCAAGCAAGGCUUCCACCUGGGCUUCCAGGACGUGGGCGCCUGCGUGGCGCUGGUCUCCGUGCGGGUCUAUUACAAGAAGUGCCUCGCCACCCUGCAGAACCUGGCGCUCUUUCCGGACACGGUGGCAGAGGCGGCCUUCGCCACGCUGGUGGAAGUUAAAGGAGCUUGCGUGGAGCACGCCCAGGUGGACGUGGAUAACCCCCCGCGGAUGCACUGCAGCGCCGAGGGAGAGUGGCUGGUCCCCAUCGGGAAGUGCCUGUGCGGCCCCGGCUUCGAGGAGAGGGACGGGAGGUGCAGAGCGUGCCUUCCCGGAUUUUACAAGCUUUCGCUCCGUCUUCCUCUCUGCUCUCCUUGCCCUGAGCACAGCUUCACCCACGAGGAAGCCUCCACGUUCUGCUCGUGCCAGAAGAACUACUCCAGGUCCCCAUCGGACCCUCCGUCUGCCUCCUGCACGCGUCCUCCAUCGGCCCCGAGGGACCUCGUCUACAGCCUGCGGCGUUCCUCGCUGGUCCUGCAGUGGAGUGCCCCCGCGGAUGCUGGCGGCCGCAGCGACCUGACCUACAGCCUGUGGUGCGGCCGCUGCCCUGCUGCACGGGGCGGCUGCGAGCAGUGUGGCAGCGGCGUGGGCUUCGUGCCACAGCAGACGGGCCUGGUGGAGCGCACUGUGACGCUGGUGAACCUGCUGCCUCACGCCAACUACACCAUCCGCGUGGCGGCCCUCAACGGCGUCUCGGCCGUCAGCCCGCUGGCAGGGCAGCAGUACGCCGAGGUCAACGUCUCCACCGGGCUCGCAGCACCAACUCCCGUCACCGACAUCCGCACGGAUAAAAUCGAGCAGAAGAGUAUCUCCUUGUCAUGGCAGGAGCCGGGCUUCCCAACCACCAACAGCACCGAGUACGAGGUCAAGUACUACGAGAAGGAUCAAAGGGAUCAGAGUUACUCGACCGUGAAAACCACAUCAACGGCUGUGACAGUCAAUAACCUGAAGCCUGGCACCCUCUAUAUCUUCCAAAUCCGGACGUCUUCCUCGCAGGACUACGGCAACUACAGCCCUAGUAUCGAAGUGGAGACGCUGGCAGAGCUGACAGUGGCCUCCAGCGAGCAGAACCCCGUCCUCAUCAUCGCCGUGGUGGCCAUCGCGGGGCUGACGGUGCUGGUGUCCAUGGUCAUCGGCGUGAUGGUCUGGAGGAGACAGUGUGGGUACAGCAAAGCCAGCCAGGACGGGGACGAGGAGCUCUACUUCCACUUUAAAAUACCCACCAGGCGGACGUACAUCGACCCUGACACGUGCGAAGACCCCAUGCAGGCCGUGCACCUCUUUGCCAAAGAGCUGGAUAACGCCAGCAUUAAGAUCGAGAGGAUCAUCGGGACAGGGGAAUUCGGUGAGAUCUGCAGGGGCUGCCUGAAGCUGCCCAGCAAGCGGGAGCUGCCGGUGGCCAUCCAGACCCUGCGGGCUGGGUGCUCGGCGAAGCAGCAGCGCUGCUUUCUGGCCGAGGCGUGCACCAUGGGCCAGUUCGACCACGCCAACGUCAUCCGGCUGGAGGGGGUCAUCACCAGAGGGAACACCAUGAUGAUAGUGAUGGAGUACAUGGGGAACGGAGUGCUGGACUCUUUCCUCAGGAAACACGAGGGACAGUUCACAUCCACCCAGCUCAUCACCAUGUUGCAGGGGAUUGCCUCUGGCAUGAAGUACCUGGCAGAGAUGGGUUACAUCCAUAAAAGCCUGGCUGCCCACAAAGUCCUCGUGAACAGCAGCCUGGCGUGCAAAAUAACAGGUUUCAGGCAGCCGCAAGAAGAUAAGAUGGAGACCAUCUUCAGCACCAUGCGUGGGAAGAGCCUGGUGCUGUGGUCAGCCCCCGAAGCCAUCCAGUAUCACCACUUCAGCCCGGCCAGCGACGUGUGGAGCUUUGGCAUCGUCAUGUGGGAAGUCAUGUCCUACGGCGAGAGACCCUACUGGGACAUGUCCCACCAGGAUGUGAUGAAGGCGGUGGAGGACGGCUUUCGCCUGCCGGCCCCGGCGAACUGCCAGCCUCCCCUGCACCAGCUCAUGCUCGACUGCUGGCAGAAGGACCGCAGCCAACGCCCCAAGUUCUCGCACAUCCACGACGUCCUCAGCAAGAUGGUGCAGAGCCCGCAGCCCCAGCCGUGUGCCAGGUCCCGCGGUGCCGCUGUACCCCUGGCCGAGCGCUCCUUCGCAGCCUUCCCGGCCUUCAGCUCGGUGGGAGAGUGGCUGGAAGCGAUAGAAAUGGGCAGGUACCGGGAUAACUUCACCGCUGCGGGCUACUGCUACCUGGAGUCCGUGGCCAGGAUGACGGCAGCAAGAUGUCCUGAGCCUGGGGAUCACGCUGGCAGAGCACCAGAAGAUCAUCCUGAGUGGCAUCCAGACCCUGCGUGCCCAGGUGAUCCAGAUGCACGGCCGAGGCGUGCAGGUGUGACGGAGCACGGAGCACCGGAGUGGGAGGAGGCGCUGGCCACGUGCUGGCCCCAAACCAGACCAAAUCUCUGAAACCUCAUGGUUUCAGGUGGGAUGUAGGAGUCCCUGGGCUGCUGCCCAGCGAGUCAUUCCACGUGGCAAGAGGGCAGGGUGGCCCGUCCCCUGUGCCAGGGAAGCCGAGCAUCCCUGGGACACCAGGCACGGUGUGCCUGGGCAGGCUGUGGUUCUCCCCAUCGCUGUUCUGUAAGAUGAGUCAAAUGUAACGAUGCCAUUUCACAUGGUAAUUAGGUCAACAGGGUGGACGGACAUUUGUGCACUGUCUCAAUCCAGAGCUGACAGCGUUUUCCUAUCUAGCAUCCUACUGGUGAAAUCCAUGGGUAUUUUUAUACAGGCUGACAUCUUCUACCAACCCCACCGGGAGCUUUUAUUGCUUUUAUUUUUAGAGACUGGAGCAGAGCUCACACCCAGCGCCCCGCUUUGGGAAGGUGACUUUGCCCAUCUGGCGCGCUGAAAGGAAGCUCUUUCUUUCCCAGCCACAUCCCUUCCGCUCGAAGAGUCACCUCGCUGAGUCUUGACACCACUGUUGGUGAACAAAACGCAAAUGUUCUCCACCGAAGCGCAGAGCAAACGGUGCCGAACAUUUCUUGUCCUGGCAAGACAGUUGCAGCGGAGGAAACGGAGGCCACAGCCAGGAGAGGGUGAGCACUGAUGCCCUUGGGCUGCCCUGCUGAUGCUCUCAGCCUUCAAGCUUUCUGCCUUGCAAAGUCUCGUGGGCAUCCUGCAUCCUUCGCUGGCUUGGUGGGGAAGUGCGGUGGCUCUGACUGCUCUGGGAUGCAGCACCAUGGAGGGACGCGAGGCAGUAAGGCAGUGGGGAAGGUGUGUCCGUGGUGGCGAGCUGCUGCUUGCUGGGCAGGAGGAUGGCUGUAGGAGCUUGGAAAAGAGGGGUCUGCUCACCUUUGGCACUAACCCACACCCCUGUAAGGUUUGCCAGCGAUGGUGCUCACUUUGAGGUCCUAAUGCUGUACCGAACAGCCAGCCACGGAUGCUGGAGAGAGAACAACAGCAGAGAAAUACCCACAGCAAGGUGAACGCUGAGAAAGAGGGGCUUCAGGUGGGUGCAGCCAGUGACAGGGGGGCGUAGCGGGCAGAGCAUCGCCACGUGGCCGUGGGCUGAGCCACCUGGGUGAGGCUGGAGCCUGGGGAUGAGCAUCCCUCCGGGCAGGUUGGCACAUCAGCACUUUAUUUCGUAGCAGCCCGAGGCUCAGCACCGUGUGCCUCACGCACUGGCAGUUCCCACUGCUACAGGCCUGAUCCGUGACGGAAGGCUUAAAUUGCAUCUGCUUAACGCUACAAGUUUCCUUGAAGUUGGUUAAUUAAAUGGGUCUUCGCAGCCUUGUUCUGGGCUUUGUAGGCCUUUUAUUAUCAUCUGUAAGUAUUGCAAGUGAAUUAUUAAUGAUGAAAGGCAAAGAUUUACAAAGGGAACGAAUGCUGUAGAGGAGGAUGUUCAUGAUGCAGUUGGAAAUGUGUUUGCGUUGGGUUCGGAGGCUAUGCAGGUAGCCUGCACCAAAGGGACACAAUCUAAAUGGCAAUUAGCUGAAGGAUGCUAAUGCAGCCUGUUUGUGGGGCCGGCGUCAUACUCACCCCACCCAGACAGACGGUUGCAUCGUUUCAGGGACCCAGCUUUUGUUCAGUAAAGCCUCAUUCCUGGUGGUUUUCUUCGAACCCACACAUGUGCCCCAGGGGAAUGCUGUGCCCUUGGAGGCUUCUGGCUUGGCUGCUGCCACUGGCUGAAGGUCAGGAGUGCUCAACACUACGAGAUUUCCUUUUUUUCAGCUGUUUCAACGUGACUGCAUUGGAGAUCAGAGCUGAACUUCACCAACAUGUGGUAUCAAGAAGGUACCAGCUGAUGUUUACUUCUCAUUUUUCUGCCUUGUGUUGCCAUUUCCAGGCAAUGUCACAGUGAGCUCCCACCAGCUCUUGGUGCUCUCCUUCUGAAGUUUAAGCAGCAUUCCCCAGUGUCACUCGGUCAGUUUUUUAUGGAAAUAACUUCCCUUUAAGUUUCACUUUUGUCCGGUCCGGGUAGUUGCUCAGCAUCCUGCUGUUUCACACCCAGAAGAGUAAUAAUUGUGAACUGAAACCUUCAUUUGGUAGAAAUGCCAGAUCCCAAGGAUCAAGUGCAAUUUGUAUGCUCGUUAUGUUUACAUUUUAUCUAUAGAGAAAGUAUAUUCUAGUUCUCGAGGCAGGGAGCUGAACCAACAUGAUUCCUGAUCCUCUCCCCCAUCUCCUGCUCUUGUCCCUUUCGUGGGAGCUCCCCAGAGCCUCCUGCAGGCCGGGCUGAGUCCAGGCUGCUGUGCUUGCUCUCUGGGGCUCUGGGCAAAGCCAGGACUCGGUGACAAGGUGACACCAUGCCCUCGGUCUGGAAAAUGGAGCUGGCUAUGAGCGCACAGCCUGCCUGGGGCAGAAGACCUCUCUGUGACAUGCAGGAAGGUUCUGAGGGUGCUCUGAGCAUCUCGAGCCCAAGGGUAGGGAAGUGAAGGCAGCAAAAAGGAAAUUCUGGAAAUAGUGACGGUUGUCAACAGCUACAGAGACCUCAGAAGAGGUGUCCCAAUCACUGUAAAUAAACCCUAUAAUCUGUUGAGGGAGGCUGAGGUGAUUCUGAGGACAGCUCCGUGAACCAGCUGGAAGGCAACUGCUGGUAGCAGGAUGCUCUUGGGCAAGGUGUUCCUUGUGUUUGUGCAGUGAUCGAGGCCGUGCAGGUUUCUCGUGUGCCUGGUGAGGGAGAUCAGAUGGAGGGAGAGUGUGCACAGCUCCGCAGAGGUGCCCGAGAAUAAUGAAUUCUCAGCAAAAGUUCGAAGAGAGUGUGGUGUUCCCUUUCCAGCAGAUUAAAUGUUAUUCCUUGGGAACGCUCCUGGGCUUUAUUUGUCAGUUAAGAGCCUUACAACCAAAGGCAACGUUGACAAAAGUGGCAGACCUGGCAAGCUUGGAUGCAUUUUCUGCAUUCCCUGCAGAGACAAUGUGGGACAUUAGGGUGAGGAAGAAGUCCUUGUCCUUGUCCUUCCCCAGCAGCUGAGCCCUGCAGCAAAGCCCUGGGGCCUCUUAAUCCAUGUGGCUGGGCACUUGUACAGUGCACUCUCUGUGCUAGAGUGCUCCAAUUAAAAAUGAGACCAUUCCUCAAUCAUUUAAGAGUUCCCCCUGCUGAAUUAGGCUCCUGUACUGCAUUCUCCAGCACAAUCAGAACUGGAAGCGACAUUUCUUCAUCUGAGUCUCUCUAGCUGGUCCCCAAAGAAAUUCCGUGUUUAAUUACUUUCCUGAUUUACUACAGUGAGGGACUUGGGCUCGAUGUUUCAGCGAGCUCUUUUUCUUCCAGACAGCAGCAUUCUGUGGCUGGGACCACGCUCUAAGGUGGCAGAAGCGCGGUGUGUUGGCUCUCCUGGCCUCUGCUGGAAGGGAAAGGAGAGCACGUAACCAAAGCGUGCUUCCUAGCCUAGCUGGUGGCAACAGCAAACACCUCUAACCGAGCUCCUCAUCAGCCCUGGAACUAAUCAGAUCAGCAGAUUAAGUUAUAAAUUGUUAUUGCGAUUUUAAAAUUAACUUGUGCCCUCUCAGCACCUCCUCUUUGGGGAAGUAUUCAAUGCCUGAUAAUUAAAUUAAUUAGCACUGCUGUUUUGCAGCUGCUCGACCAAGGGAAAUGCCUCAGAACGAUUUCAGAUUCUUAUUCCAGGCUGUGUCUGACACAGGGAAAAGUUCCUUCUGAAGCUGACAAAAGGGUUGGUGUCGUGUGUUUGGGUUCCUGCUGUGCUUUUGGAAGAGGUUGCUCAUGUCCUGGACCUGGGGCUAGCCCCCAGGGCAUCACGAGGAGCAUCAGCCCCAUGCAGGAGCACUCAAGGGCUUUGCUCUUUGGGGCUUUGCUUUCCUCAGACCAUGGUGUAUUUGACCCAAUACGUUUUGUUCUCCAGCUGCUGCCUCUCCAGCAGCAGGAAGCCACCCGUUUCUGGGCUUUUCUUUGUAUUCCUAAUGAGGAUGUCUCCACUAGAUGUUCCUCUUGGCCAGCGGGAAACGGCGCAGUACAGCCUCUCCUGGGGGUCUGGCUCUGCCUGUGCUGGAGGAAUUCCUCUUUGGGAAUCCUCCCCUUCUGGGCUGGGUCUUGUUUUCCUUGAGGGCAGCAGGACAGGUCCCAGCUGUGCCCCUGGUCAGGAACAAUUUUCUGGAGCCAGAAUUAGGACAGUGCUGGACACAGCCCCAGGCAGCAUCACGAGAGCUGGUGCACGUAACUCCCCCCCCCCGGCAUAAAACCAAAACUGGGGUCACGUUGGUUCAUCUCUAGCUGCUUUUUGAUAUUCAUUAACCACAUGUUAUAUACUGUAAAUACGUACUUGAGAAGUCAAUAUAUAUUUUUAUAAGCUUGGAACAAAUGUAAUAUAAGAUUGUAAGGGACACUGUGUACAUUUCAUGAUCGAGCUAUAGUCAGACAUCUCCAGGGAAUCACCAUUGACUUGGAAGAACAAUAAUAAUAAUUAUAGAUGGUAAUAAAGAUCUAUUGACAUUUUGUUAA